CAUACAACGCUUGGCCACACAGUCAGUAUUGUCCGUUGCACCGUUGUUUUCGAGCGCGAGCGUUUUGAAGCUGCGUUCUAAAUACAAUCUAAAAUCUAAUUAAAUUUCAUUAAAAUGCUGCAAAACGAUGCAGUGCGUACUUUGCAGUACGAUAGCGAAAUCCGCGUGGCCCAAUCACCGAAUCCCACAGAACCUAGAGUUUACGACUCUCAGAUCAGCAUAACAUCACAGCCGCGUCCAACCACAACAGAGCCUGCUCGCAUUCCCUUGCCAAUCUCUACUGUGGCUGGCAGUCGCACAUUCAUUCCCUUGGCCGGCUACGAUUGUCUUGCCGAUCUGCCUUCAGUGCACAUCGAGCAAACAUUCGAGUUGAACGAUUCUCUCACUGCCGUCUCUUCGGAGAAUCGCUAUGUCGUGCGUUCGCCACUUGGCGAUGCCAUCUUUGCCGCCUCCGAGAGUUCCACCGAAGGUAAUCGCAUGAUUUGGGGCGCUGGUCGUCCUUUUCAAAUGCAUCUGCUGGACAAAACGCAUCAGGAGGCUUUGGUAUUCCGCAAGAAACUGGCAAUGGGUGCCUUCUGCUGUCAGCCUAAGAGUCUGGAGAUCUGGAUACCGCCGGGCAACGUGCUGGGACGUGUGGUGCAGUCACCCACAUUUACCCAGCCCGAGUUUUACAUCGAGGAUGGCGCCACCAAUCAACCCGUCUUCUGCAUCGAGGGGCCAUCCAAUUCGGGCUUUUGCUGCUUUUGCCUGCCCAAAGAGAGCUUCUUUAAGAUACAUUCGGGUGGUGAUCUUCGCGCUUCUAUUGAUCACAAAUGGUUGGCCAGCAAAUCCCAAUAUACCACCAAUAUUUACUUUAGCGAUGUGAAGUUAACAGCCAAGGAGCGAGCCUUGAUUCUUGGCGCCGCAUUUCUGCUGGAAUACAUGUACUUCCAAAAGCGCUUUUAAGAAUUGUCGAGCGUAUGUGAUGUCGCGAUAAUAUAUUUUAAACACAGAAAUACAUUUUUUAUAUACAAUAUAAGAAAAAGAAUAAAAAUGAAAAUCAGCAAGCGAUUUUGAAAUGCCUUGUACCGAUAUUUAUCCACAAAAAAAAUCUGUUUAUAUGUUGUUAAUAUACUUGUAAU